CUUGAAACAGUGCCGAUACAACAGGAAGUGAGCGUAAAGAAAACAUUUGAUUUAUCCAAGCUCGUAAAAGGAUAUUGGAUUAGGGAUACGCUCUGGAACAACCAUUUGACUAGUACGUUACAGUUGGUUUUUGGCAAGUAAAAGUUUUGAUAUAGACAGAACUCAUUUGAUUUCACUACAUAAAGUAAGCAGUUUACCACGCGAACAUGUCAAUCAUGCACAUCACUUAUCCGUUUUCAACAAUUUGGCAUAAUCAUCCAGCUUCCCAACUAUGUCUUAGGCGGGGAAAAUUUAAAAUUCUUGGCCCACAAUAUUAGGACAUACAGUAUUUAGUCACUGGAUGACUAAUUUAAGGCCACUAGGAAUUUCAGUGAGCCAGAUUCAGUGAAUGUACUUCGUUAUUUCUUGGGAAUGGUUACUUUGUUGCAACCUUUGUUGAACACUUUGAAGGGACAUGUUAACAACUUUAUGUUAUCCUCAAGAGCCAAACUCACUUUCUCUUCCGCAAUAACAUUAAACUCAACAAUAAUGCUGUCUUACAUGACCCCAUAAAUUUUAUGUACCGACGCGUCACAUAUCAGUAGGCUCACUGUUUUGUUGAAAGGUUAGCAACUAAAUAUGAUCAUCAGCGUUUUUCUUAAGGCAUUAGAUUCAGCCUGGAUAAUGGCUAACCAAAUCGUUUGUUCGAGCUCUGACUUUGCAACUCCAAGCUUUUACUACCUGAAGUUUUGUAUUAAUGCGAUAUAAUACAGGGUGCAUUACACUGUCCUAGUGGUACGUUGGCUUUGUAUUCACUGCGUAUUGGCGGACAAGGUCAUCAAAAUUUUCAUUUAUAGGGGAGUGUUUGUCGUGAUGCCAUUUAUGCACAGUAGUCCGAAAAUUACUUCAGUCACUAACUGGGUGCAGACGUUAAUGGGCUUUCCUUUGUUAACAUCAGCUAGCAAGUGGUCAGAAAAUUGGUUCCCAAAAUAAAGUAAAGAACAUCAACUAUAAUGAACAUUUAACUGAAAGGACUUCUAAUCCCGAGGGUUAACAAUGAAGGUUGGAUGUAUUCAGACAUACGAUGCUUCUAUGCUUACCUAUGAUCAUAUCGAAGCUUCCAAUGUAAUACAGUUAGCUAAGGAACUUACAAAUACAAAACUACCAACAGAUAUUGAAGUGGAAUGGCUGUUAAAAGCAAUUUGCUUAAUCGAUUUAACCACAUUAGCUGGGGAUGAUACACCUGUCAAUGUACAAAGACUUUGUGUAAAAGCAGUUCAUCCGCUAAGUGAAUGCGUUUUGAAUAAAAUUGAAAAUGUGUUCAAUAUGAACCUACAAGAUUUAAGAACAGCUGCUGUAUGUGUUUAUCCAUAUCAAGUUAAAACAUGUGCAGAAACUUUUAAGAAAUUAAAAUUACCAAAUUUUAAUAUUGCUUCUGUUGCUACUGGUUUUCCUACUGGACAGUAUCCUUUAGAAACUCGGCUAUUGGAAAUUAAAUCAGCUAUAAAUGAUGGAGCGAAUGAAAUUGAUGUGGUAAUAAAUAGAACAUUAGCUUUACAAGGUGAUUGGGAAGGAGUUUAUAAUGAAGUAUGUGCGAUGCGUAAAGCUUGUGGUGAUCAAGCACACUUAAAGACUAUUCUUGCUACUGGUGAAUUAAGCAGUUAUGAUAAUGUUUAUAAGGCUUCAAUGGUUUGUAUGUUAGCUGGAGCAGAUUUUAUUAAAACAUCUACUGGAAAAGAAACAGUCAAUGCAACACUCCCGAUUUCAUUGGUUAUGGCUAGAGCUAUUCAAGAUUUCAAUGAAGUAUAUGGCAUCAAGGUUGGUUUCAAACCUGCCGGUGGUCUUCGUACAGCUAAAGAUGCCCUCGAUUAUCUCCAAUUAAUCGAUAAUGUUCUUGGCUCUGAUUGGAUAAAUCCAGAUUAUUUACGAUUUGGAGCUAGUUCAUUAUUGGCCAAUAUUGAAACUCGACUAUACAGUCUAUGCCAUAAUGGUUUAAUACCAUUACCUGGUGAAUUAGACUUUUUCUAAUUUUUGAUUACCUUUUUUCUUCUUCUUGUUUUCUUUCAAUUUAUUCGAUUUGAUUAUUUUUGAUGAUUAUGUUUGCCUUAAUUUUGUUGUUGUUGUUGAAAAAAGGUCGUUUCUAUCAAAUUUUUUUUUAAAAAUUUUGAUAAACCAAACGCUAUUUAUAUUUUGUACACAUUUCGUUUUGACUAUAAAAAGAAUACAAAGAGGUGUGGUGAUAAAAGUAGAGAGGAAAGCAAAACGAAAAAAAAUACAACAACAACAACUGUAUGUUUAGUCAAUAGGUUUUUUUUUGUUUAACGAAAAAAAAGAGAAAUAAAUGACAAGGGGUUUCUAUUUACGCCUAUUCUCAUUUGUUCCUUGUCGAUUUUCACUGUGGAUCCCUCUGACACUUACUUUUUAGGUUCGUGUGUAUCACACAUCGA